GGAGUAUGAAGUCUGUCUGUUCGUCAAUUUGAAAAAUAAAAACAUCUAAAAACAAGUUUCUUUUCAGAUUUUCAACGUUUAUUCGUCGAUUAUUGAUACAAAACCAUCAUACUACAUGUUAAGCCAUGGCGGGAUCUGCACUGAAAAGGCUCAUGGCCGAAUAUAAGCAACUGACUCUCAAUCCCCCAGAAGGAAUAAUUGCUGGUCCUGUGGAUGAGGAAAACUUCUUUGAAUGGGAAGCACUUAUAACUGGCCCAGAUGAGACCUACUUUGAAGGAGGUGUGUUCCCAGCAAGCCUUACAUUUCCACCAGAUUACCCACUCAGCCCUCCUAAAAUGAAAUUCACCUGUGAUAUUUUCCAUCCUAAUAUAUACAAUGAUGGCAAGGUGUGUAUUUCUAUUCUGCAUGCCCCUGGGGAUGAUCCCAUGGGAUAUGAGAGUAGCGCUGAAAGAUGGAGUCCUGUACAGAGUGUUGAGAAAAUACUCCUCUCUGUAGUUAGUAUGCUAGCAGAGCCGAAUGAUGAGAGUGCCGCAAAUGUGGAUGCUGCUAAAACAUGGAGGGACAAUAGACCAAAAUUUGCCGAGAUAGCUGAACGGACUGUGAAACAGUCACUGGGCUUAUUAUAGCCUUGCUAUUAUAACAUGGCACAUUUAAGCCUAGUGUAUUAUAGCCAGGGGAUUAUAGUCGAGGGUAUUAUGGCCUGAUUUUAUAUGGCCUAUUCAUUUUUAAAUUAUAUAAGGCUUGGAAGGAGAUAUACUUUUCCGAAAGCUAUCCAAUAAGAUUGUUAACCAGUCAAAAUAUUUCUAAUUUCUUAUCUGAAAAAACCAAUGGGAAGAAUUCAUUACAUUUGCAUGUUUUUAUUGCGCUUAAAAAGUGCUGUAUUACAAUAAGAGAAGACUAAUAAGGUCUAAUAAACAAUUCGCAAAAAUUGUGAUCAGGACAUUUUACUUAAAAUUUUUAAGGAUACGAGAGCAGAAUAUUUUUAUAUUAGAUUAGAGAAUAUUAUUGUCAGUUUUUGUAUUACUGUUAGUCAACUUAAUUUGGCAACCCAUUUAAUUUGGCGAAUAUGGCGAAUUGCAAAAUUCACAAAAACA